AUGAAGCAGCAGCUCAUGGAGUACAGCACGGCGGUUCAUGCCGGUCAAGAAAGUUUCCUUGAUGGCAUCGCUAAACAAACAGGUAUUACCAACAGGCUGAUCUUGGAAACUCUGAAACGCAUAGUAAUGCUCAGCAGGGCUAUACUUGAACAUCAGCAGGUAGUCAAGCCACAUACUCCAUUAAUUAAGUUCCCAGACAGAAAAAGUAGCCCCAGACCUAAAAUACAGGAGUCUCUACAAGCAAGCGUGCCAUCUCUCCAUGCUUCAAAAGCACAGGAGUCUGUAGGAGGCAGAUCACCGGCCUUUCAAAAGAUUUCGCCUGUUAGUACAGUACAAGGUACACCAGACACUUCUGAAUUAGCAAGAACCUUACCUCAGAAAUACAGAAGGAAACUUAUGUCAGAAGAAGAGAUUGAACUUAUUCAACGUGGAGGUCGAGAGUAAUUAUGGAAGAUAGUUCGUUAGUCACCAUUGAAGAAUGAAGUGCUGCAUUCACAAUAAAGGCAUUUCCUUAAUAUUAAAAAUUAUUGUAUACUAAUAGCUUUAAUAAAAACCCAUGUGAAGGGUGAGAAGGUUGACACAACACACUAUAUAUAAACUUGUGAUUAAGAAGGAUUUUGUGUUGAUGGCUAACUAGCAAUUGAAUAUAUUUGAUGUCCACACCAUUAAAAUAUUUUUCUAAUUAGCCA